UUUCUACAGGAAACAAAUCAGAGAGAGAGAGAGAGUGAAAAAAAUACUGUUGUAAGCGCCGUGUUUCGUCGCGGUUUUGUGUGAGGCUCGAGACUCCGCGCAGAAUGACCGUUGACUGGCCCGAUCUGCUUAUCGUUCGCGGGCAUUAGGAACUAUCAACACCUCGGUUUGCUGGCGAACCAAACACCACGCAUUUGCUUCGAGGGUCUUUUGGGUCGAAAGGAGGAGGAGAAUAAUGGCAUUGCUGGCCGUCCGGAUGCUUAUGCUGGGGUUUUGGUGUUGUGCUGUUGCUGCGGGAGAGGGACAGUCCACUCCGGCCACAUGCUCUCCGCUGUGCCGCUGCGAUGAGGACGGAGGAGCGGACUGCUCUGGACGAGGACUGACCACCGUCCCCACCGGCCUCAGCGCUUUCACAUAUUACCUGGACAUCAGCAUGAACAACAUCACUGAGCUGCCUGUUAAUGUCUUCAGAAACCUGCCCUAUCUGGAAGAACUACGUUUGGCUGGUAAUGACCUUGCAUUCAUCCACCCAGAGGCUCUGUCUGGCCUCCAUCAGCUUAAAGUCCUGAUGCUUCAGAACAAUCAGUUGAAGACUGUCCCAAGCGCAGCUCUCAAGAAUCUCCAUGCCCUGCAGUCUUUGCGGUUGGAUGCUAACCACAUCACGUCAGUGCCUGAGGACAGUUUUGAGGAUCUGCAGCAGCUCAGGCACCUCUGGUUGGAUGACAACAGCCUGACUGAGGUUCCCAUUGGGCCCCUACGGCACCAGAGUAACCUGCAGGCUCUGACGUUGGCCCUCAACAGGAUCACACACAUCCCCGACAAUGCCUUUGCCAACCUCUCCAGCCUGGUUGUAUUGCAUCUUCACAACAAUCGGAUCCAGGAGAUUGGAAAAAACUGCUUUAAUGGGCUGGACAACCUGGAGACAUUGGAUCUAAACUUCAAUAAUCUGAAGACCUUCCCAGAGGCCAUUCAGAUGCUGCCCAAGCUGAAAGAACUUGGAUUUCAUAGCAACAACAUUGCAUCCAUCCCUGAGGGAGCUUUCCAUAGAAAUUCCCUGCUACGCACAAUCCAUCUUUUUGACAACCCGCUCUCCUUCGUGGGAAUCACUGCUUUCCAGAACCUGUCAGACUUGCACUCUUUAAUGCUGCGUGGUGCCAGUAUGAUGCAAGAUUUCCCCAGCCUGACUGGAACAAUAAAUCUAGAGAGCCUGACUUUAACAGGAACUAAAAUCAGAAGCAUCCCAGCAGACCUGUGUGAGGAUCUGACGGUGCUACACACACUAGAUCUUUCCUAUAAUGAGAUCGAAGACCUGCCGUCCUUUCGGGGCUGUGUUGGACUGCAGGACAUAAGUCUACAGCAUAACCAGAUCCAGCAGAUAGACAGAGGAACUUUCCAGGGCAUGACCAGCCUUAGAGUGUUAGACCUGAGCAGAAACCAGAUCAAGUUCAUCCACAGAGAUGCUUUCCUUUCUCUCAGCGCUCUCACCAGCCUGGAUCUCAGUCUGAACUCCCUAGCUAGUGUUCCUACCACAGGACUGAGUGCACUGAACCAGCUUAAACUGACUGGAAACGUGGAGCUGAGGAACGGCCUGAUGUCUAAGAGUCUGCCUAAACUCAGGUCCAUAACGGUUCCCUAUGCCUACCAGUGUUGUGCUUUUGUGGCUUGUGACAGUGCAGUUAACCCAACACAGGAUGACGAGCGGAGAAAUGCAUUUGGUGGUGAGGAGGAGAUGGAAAGGAUUCCUCUGGUCAUGCACUGCUCACCAUCACCGGGGGCAUUUAAACCUUGUGAACACUUGUUGGGAAGCUGGAUGAUCCGAUUGACCGUGUGGUUCAUCUGCCUGGUGGCUCUCCUCUUCAACUGCCUGGUUCUUGCAGCCACCUUCUCCACACGCACCUCCCCUCACUCCCCGGCCCGCCUCCUGGUUGCACUCCUGGCCUCUGCUAACCUGCUGACAGGGGUCUAUGUGGCAGCACUGACACUCCUGGAUGCGGUCACCUGGGGCUCAUUUGCAGAGUACGGUGUGUGGUGGGAAACAGGCGCUGGGUGUCAGGUUGUGGGUUUCCUCGCUGUGUUUUCAUCCGAGUGGGCCGUCCUGCUGCUGGCUUUAGCUGCGGUGGAGCGUUGCUUGGCUGUGAGGGCUCUAAUGGGGAAGGCAGGAGCUCUGAGGUCCAGUGGCCAAAGGAGGGAAAGACGAAGGAGAUUUGGUAUCACAGCACUCUUGUUGGGAUUGGUAUCUGUUGCAGCGGCCUGCCUCAGUCUGUAUCACGGAUCAGCCAUGGGCUCUCCUCUCUGCUUGCCUUUCUCCGGAGGUCCCGGACCAGGCCUGGGGUUCACAGUGGCCCUGGUGCUAAUGAACACACUAGCGUACCUGCUGAGCGCGGUGGUCUAUACGCGGUUAUACUGCAGGUUGGGUCGUGCCCAGCUGGCUGACCCCGAGCAUGCUGGGUCUGUGAGGCACAUCGCCUGGCUGAUCUUCACCAACUGCAUCUUCUUUUGUCCGGUGGCGGCUUUCUCUUUCGCUCCCCUGCUGGCCGGGACCAGUAAUGCAGUGGGCGGACCAGAGAUGGCCAAAUCAGUGACGCUCAUAUUCUUUCCUCUCUCUGCCUGCUUGAACCCCGUGCUCUACGUCUGUUUCAGUCCCUCCUUUAGAUACGACUGGCUUCGCCUUAGAGGACAGGGGAGGGCCGGAGGUUGCGGCGGGCUGGUUGGUAAAGCUGUUACCAAAGGGACGGUAGCAGGGGGUUCGGCAGUAUCCAACGAUGGCGAAGGCCUGUCUAGCGACUGCGGAAUGUACACGAAGCUUCAGGGCGACAAUCGGGGAAUGUGCGAACACUGUGACGCCGCCCUUCACAUCAGCACAUCUUCCUCUUCCGCUUCCUCCUCUUCCUCAGCCUGCAGACAUUUAGUUAAGUCCCACAGCUGCCCGGCUUUGAUGGCAAACGCACCCCAGUGCUUGAGCUCAGAGGGGUACUGGCCAGACACCGGGACGCUUUCCGCUCAGUCGGAAUAUGGAGACGAGGGUGAUUCGUUUGUGUCGGACAGUUCGGAGCAGGUGCAGGCGUGCGGCCGAGCCUGUUUCUGUCAGAGCCGCGGUCUCCCUUUAGUACACUACUCUUAUAACAUCCCCCGCAUGACAGACUGAGCUCACAGCCCAGAGCGCUCACACACUCACUUCCUCACACAGUCCUCCAGGGUGUGGAGUGUCCCUGCUCCUCAAGGACAGAGAACAGGGAGGGGCUGUACACAUGGCUGCAGAGCCGUGGAAACGCAAACAGACCGGAAGCACUUUCUCUCUUUUCACACUUGUGUGUGUGUGUGUGUGUGUGUGUGUGUGUGUGUAUGAGUGAAUGUAGACCGAAUCCAUGAAAAGGGAAUCUGACGAUACAGAAAGACUCACUGAGCCAAAUGUUGUCAACAUACAACUCGUCUUGUUUUCUGUUUCCUGUCCCCCUCAGCCAAAUUCGGUUGCAUUGGCACCCAGGGCUGAUUGACAGUUGAUGGACACAGUGAUCUUAUCUCCCAGUGCCUGCCUUUAAGUUUGCAAGAAAGUAGAACUUGCCUGUUUAUUUUCUCUGGGCAUUUUUAGAAAAGAAAAAUAUAUUUUCCCUUUUAUUCUUACAAAUGUUUGUCCUUUUGAUUUAAAGCAGGGAUAUAUGUGCCACUGUUUUUAGUGAUGUUGAUUCUUUUUCUCUUAUGCCAUCAUAAAUCCUGACUGUGGCGGGGGAUCCCGUUCUAUGUAGCAAAGUUUCUCCAUAUACUGGAGUUCCAGUAUGCCGAUGAGAAUGUAAUGUACAAGUUUAUGUUCACGCUGUCUUGUGUUCCCAUUUUCUCAGAGUAAGUUCAUAGUGGCUGUUAUUUUUGAAAAGCAUUCAUUCCUUUCUUGUUUAUUCUGCAAGUGAUCCUAAAAUCACAAUCCUUUCCACAAUCCCCUCCGUUCAGCUGAGUGAUCCAGUAAUGCCAGUACAUUACCAACUGUUUAUUAAAAGAAAUUGUCUUUAAUUUAUGUUCUAAAAUGACAUUUGGAUGUCUUGACCCAGAGCGCUUCCUUAAUCACUAGUAAGUUUCUAAUAAUUUAUUGUAAGAUAUGGAAAUGCUUUGAUGAAUGAAUGGCAAACUAUACUUAUUUUAUUCCUGACAAGAAUGUCACUAGAUCAUUUCAAUAUGUAUUUUGUACACUGGGUAGAGUAAAAAAGGUUUUCAUAUUAGAACUCCUUCCUGUCCAGAUAAUCUGACUAUACAGCUUACUAUAUGAAACAAAAAAGGGAUGCGCCAGUAUUAAUAUUCUAGCCAAUAUAAGACAAUGAUUAUUUUAAGUUAUGGUUGAUAAACUAUAAAUGGCCAAUAUUAAUGUUUAUACUAUUAUGACUAAAUAAAUUAAAACACCAAAAACUAAAAUCAAUUGUUUUAAACUCUUCAACUGAAUUUAAGGAUCAAACAUUAUAGGCCUAAUACAACAUUUUGAGAUUUGCUAAAGAUUACAUAUAACAAUGUUACUAAAUUAUUAGUGUGUUUUUUAAAGAUAAACUGUAAGUGAACAUUAGAUGGUGGCAAAAGUAAUUAACUUUAAAAAUAGAUCGAGUAGCAUGCACAAAUAUCCAAUAUUGUUCAAUCCUAAUAUCAUAAAUUUU